AUGGUCAACAACAGGGACUUCAUCUUGGAUGCGGAGGAGGCCAUCCCUGACCUCGGCGGCGCGCGCGACGGCACGCGCCCGAUCCUCUUCCGCUGGAACGGCGGCCUGAACCAACAGUGGCGGAUCGCCCCGCACAGCACCGCCGUCCUCGCCCGCGCCGACGACGAGGACGAACGCCAGUGCUGGAUCCAGAGCUUCCGGAACACCGGCCACGUGACGGACGGCGCGGGACACCGGGCGUUCGCGCUCGUGAACCGGGCAACCGGGAAGGCGCCGGGCCAUCGCCGCGGCGACGAGCUGGUCAACCUCGCCGGCCACAGGCCGGACUCCGUGGACGUGACCCUGUUGUGGACGCAGAGCGACGACCUGCGCCAGGGGUUCCACAACAUCCGCACCGUGAGCGACGUCGACACCGUCCUUGACGCGGCGAACGGUGUGCCUGAGGCCGGUGGCGCGCAUGACGGGACGCCCAUCAUAGUCUUCCCGUGGAACGGCGGCUCCAAUCAAAAUUGGAAGAUGCUUCCAUUCUAUUGA